AUGGCGGACGCUGAAGCAGCAGAGCGAGCCGCAAAGGCAGCUCGAGCGAGGGCCAAACUCAAAAAGCACCAGGCUCAGAAGAAGGCAGCAGCAGAUGCCGAGGCAGGAGCUACAGCGACCAGCACCACCGACAAGGACGCCGGUGAUGCAAUACCGACAGGCGAGAACGGCUCUUCAACACCUCAGGAAGAGCCCGUCUCAUCAGCAACUUCAGAGAAAGCUGAGCCACCAGAAGCCAGAGCACAGCCAAAAAACAUCUCUGACAACAGUGCGGAGCUGCAAGAGGCUCAGAGCAAGGUUGCUUCUCUAACGACGCAACUCGAAAGCACACAAUCCGAGCUCAGCGAGGCAACAGAGCGCUCGACAACGCUAGAGCACCAACUCAAAGGACAGAAGGAUGAAGCCUCCUCUUCCGCCAACACUGCAGCAGAGUCAAGUAAGGCAGUGACAGAAAAGCUUCAGAACAAUGUCGAAGUGCAGCGAGCGAAGGCAACGGAUCUCGAAAAGGAGCUCAAGGAGGCUGACGAGCGUGCGAAGCAGUCCCAGACCAAACUUCAACUUUUACAGGAAGCAGGCGAUAAGGCUGCUUUCGAUGCAAAAGAGGCUGCUGCAAAGCUCGAAGCCGCCGAAAUCAGGGUCAAGGACGCCGAGACCAAGGCUGCAUCAGAGGCAAAGAGCUUCAAGCAGCUGAAAGAGGAAAAAGCGAAGCUGCAACGCGAGUCCGAAGACCAGAAGAAGCAGGCUGAAGAGCUUCGCAAGACGUUGAGCAGCAAAGACAUGACGAUCAAGGACCUCGAAAAUAAGCUUGCUGACCCAAGCAAAGCAAAUCAGACCGAAGCACUCAACAAGCAAGUCACUGAGGCGAAGAACGAGAUCUCGAGCCUGGAAGCUGAUCUCAGCAAGAAAGAGGAGGCGCUAAAAGAGUCGCAAGGCAAGGUCAACACGCUAGAAAGUCAGCUCGCCGAGCGCGAAGACAGCCUCAGCAAGGUGAAGGAGCUGCAUCAAACAACCAAGCGAAAGCUGACUACUGCCACAGCUGAGGCCCAGAAGAUCGACAAGGAGCUCGAGGACGUCAAGUCUCGACUCUCCAGCGCUGAGAAAGAGGGUGCGGACUCGCUUCAAAGGAUUUCAGAGCUUGAUGAGCAGCUCAAGAAAGCGCAGAACGACAACAAGGCACUGGACACCUCCAGCAGCAAGACUAACAUGGACCUCGAGACCUCCAAGAAGCAAGUCGAAUCAUUGCAAGUCAAGGAGAAAGAUUUGCUUGCAAAGCAAAAGGAGCUCGAAGGACUCAACGCUCAGACUGCUGACGAGCUCGCUGCACUACGUAAGGAGCUGGACAUCCACAAGGGCGGCAAGGAGACGACAACCAAAGAGCUCGCCACGCUCGCGAGCAAGCACGACCAGGCGCGAAAGGAGUUGCAGCAAGUACAUAAGCAGCUUGAGGAGGCUAGCAAGGCCCAGACCGAGGAGAAGCAGGUUGCUGAUCUCACCUCGCAGCUCACAUCAUCCAAGACCGAGACAGAGAAGACGCAGCAGACGCUUCAGAGCUUGCAGACUAAGCUUGAUGCGGAGAUCAAAUCCCACCAGCAGUCCGAAGAGGCUGCCAAGCAGCGUCAAGUAGAGCUCGAGAAGGCUACCAAGCGAGGCGAGGACUUGGACAAGCGACUGGCGGCACUCUUGAUCGACCUUGAGGAGGCUAAGGCAAACCAUCAAGCAGCACAGCAGACCAACGCGGAUCGACAGAAGGACCUUGACGCAGCCAAGAGUGAGGCGACUAAGACCAGCACGGAGCUCGAGAACAUUCAGGCCGCGCUCAGCAAGUCCGAAGAAGCUCUCAAGAAGCUCAGCAGUGAAAGGGAUACACUUGACAAGACUGUUGCUGAUCUUCGUGAGAAGCAGCAGGCCUCUGACAAGAAGGUCGAGACACUCACUGCUGAUCUUACGAAGGCAACAAGCGACUACAAGGAAGCUCUCGGUCAAGCCGACCAGCUUCGUAAAGCCUCUCAGAAGAAGGACAGUGGUCUUGCCCAAACUCGAGAGAUGGUCAAGACCCUCGAAUCCAAGAUUGCUGAUCUGCAAAGCAAACACAGCAGUCUCGAAAAGACCACUGCCCGGCUUACUGAAGAGAAAUCGAACUUGCAGAAGGAACUCGAAGUCACCAAAUCCAACGCCGAGACGCACAAGUCUUUAACAGAAAGCAGAGCCAAAGAGAUCGUGACCCUGCAGGACAAGCUAUCGAGCACAGAAGCAAGUCUCAAGAAGGCUGAUGAGAUUGGCGCUGCUGCAAAGACUCGUAUUGAAGAGCUGCAACGCAAUCUACAGGUGAAGACUAAGGAUCUCGAGGCGUCGAAGAAGGAUGCUGAUGCCAAUGCUAAGUCUGCCGAGCAACGAGCGGCUGAGAUCAAGACGUUGGAGGCCAAGGUCAAGGAUGCCGACUCGAAGCUCGCAAAGGCUGGCGAGGAGGCCACCGCUGCCAAGGAGCAGAUUGGAAAGCUGCAAGGUGAGCUCCAGGGCACGAGGAAGGAGCUUCAGGCUUCUCAGGCUGAAGCAAAGGUCAACAAAGCUGGAGCUGGAGAGAAGAUCAAGCAGAUCCAGGCUCUCGAGUCGAAGGUUCAACACACAGACGCUCAGCUCGCAAAGUCGACCGAAGAUGCUAAUACUGCUCAGACUCGAGUCAAAGAGCUGCAGAAUGACCUGCAAGCCAAGACGAAGGAACUGGAAGGCAAGACGUCUGAAGCGAUUAAACACAGCUCUCGAGCCGAAGACCUCGCCAAGCAGCUUGAGGCAACGCAGGCGCAGCGCUCAGACCUCGAGUCAAAGCUCAAAGACAAGACCUCAGCUCACGACGAGCUCACCAAAGCGCACAAGCAGAAGGUUGCGGAUCACGAAAUUGCCCAAGCUGAGCUUCAAGAGCAGCGCGGACUGGUCGAAAAGACGUCGAAAGACCACCAGCAGGUUUGGGAGGAAGCCAGAAAGCUCGGAUCUCAGCUCAAGGACUUGCAAGCUUCGCACGCUGACGUUCAGCGAAAGUUCAAGCAUGUUGACGGACUGCACAAGGAGCUUGUCGCUAAGCACGAAGAGCAACUUAGGUCAGCUGAUGCUCAAGCCAAGGACCUCGAGACGGCAAAGAUUAAGAACGCGGAUCUCGAGACCAAGCUCUCCGAAUCCAACGCAGCUCAGGAGAAGACCCGUUCGGAGUUGCAGGCGAAGGUGGACUCUGUUCAAGAUCUCGAGAGCAAGCUACAGUCCAAGUCGGACGCUGUGAAGGACCUCGAGUCCAAGCUCCAGGCCGCAGAAGAGCAGAUGAAGAAGUUAGAAGAUCGUGUAUCUUCCGGCGAAUCAGCUCUCCAGGCGAAGUUGCAAGAGUUCGACACGCUUACAAAGACUUCCGAAGAGCAAGCCGAAAAGCUCCAGGGUCUGGAGAAGGGCUUAGCUGCAGCCCAGAAGUCAGCGAAGGAUGCCGGCUUGAAGCAUAAAGCUGCGGUCGCAUCGGCGAACAAGCAGCUCGAGAAGGUCAGGACUGAGCACGAGGAAGCACUUGCUAUGGCCAACGAGGAGAGAGAGGCUGCGGUGGCGGAGGCUGAGGCGCGUUUGCAGACUGUCAAAGCUGAAUUGGAGCAGGCUGUACAGGAGCACCGAUCGACGGCGGAGGGGAGGUCGAUGGAGCUCGAGGCUGUGAAGAGCGAGUACGAGAGUGCCAAAUUGGAGCAUGCUGAUGCGACUGCAGCGUUUGCGAAGCAGGUGGGAGAGCUCAGGGCGCAGCGUGAACAGGCUAAGGCUGAGCACGAGCAAGCGACAGCUAAGGCUGCUCAGGAGCAUCAGGCUGCUGCUGCAGAAGCCAAGAAGCAGCUGGAAGCAGUCAAAAGCGAGUACGAAAAAGCGAAGGGCGAACACGCCGAUGCUGUCGCGAAGGCUGGCAAGCAGGUUGUCGAUCUCAAGGCUCAGCUUGAAAAGGCCAAGACCGAACAUGCUAGCUCGCUCGAGGAAGCAUCGAAGGAUCGCGUGGCAGAAUCAUCAGUUGCGUCCAAGCAACUCGAAGCACUAAAGACCGAGCUUGCAAAGGCUCAGAUCAAUCAUGCUGAUGCGAUUACGAAGUCUACAAAGGAGCUCGAGGAUGCCAAGGCAGCCUUUGAGAAAACGAAGGCCGAGAAUGCCGACACUGUCGCCAAGUCCAACAAGCAGCUCGAGGAGCUCAAAUCUCAGCUUGAAAAGAGCAAAGCCGAGCAUGCCAAGUUGAUGGAUUCAUUAUCGAAAGAGCAUCAAGCAGCAGCAGCACGGGGAUCUAAGCAGAUCGAAGAGCUUAAAGCAACAUUGGAGAAGACGAAGUCCGAUCACGCCAAGUCGCUUGAGAAAGCUACCAAGGAGCACCAAACUGCGGCAACCGAAGCAUUCAAGCAGCUCACCACCCUUCAAUCAGAGCACGAUAAGCUCAUAUCUGCUCACACUGAAGCCAACACCCAGCUCAAAGACUUCCAAGCUAAUGUCGACAAGACCAGCUCCGACCGCAAAUCUCUCCUUACCGAGCGGUCCGAGCUCAACUCUCAGCUGGAUAAGCUACGCACAGACCACGAGAAAGCCCUCUCUACGCACCGUUCUGAACUUGAGAAGGUCCAAGCUCAACUCUCAUCUGCUAACGCUAACCAUUCUUCUGCUACCCAGGCUUACGAUAAGGAGCUUCAGAGCCUCAAGAACUCGCUCGAGAAAGUUAUGAAGGAACGAGAUCAGCAAAUGGCAACACAUACGAAGGAGAUGCUGAAUUUAAGUAAGGGGCUGGAACAAGCUCAUGCAAAGAUCGGUACGAAGGAUGCAGAGUUGAAGAAGCACCAAGAGGAGGUUGCGUCGGUGAAGAGUGAAAUGGGUGGCAAGGAGAAGGAUCUGAAGAGGAAGGCUGAGGAGCUGGAAGAGUUGAAGAAGCAGCUCAGUGCAGCGCAGGGCAAGGUUGAGGAACAUAAGAGGGAGUUGAGCUCGAGGGGAGAGCAGCUGGACAGGCAUAUUCGUGAUCUGGCAGCGCGCGAGGAGCAUAUCAAGUUGUUGCAAAGCGACCAUGCUUCUGCACUAUCUCAGAGGGACGAGGAACUCGAGAUGGUGCGCAGCCAGCAUGUGUCUACCCUGACUUCCGAACACACACGACUUGAACAAGCCCUUGCCGAAUCUGAGGGGUCCAUUUCCAGUUUGCAAGCCGAACUAUCAACCCUCAAGGAAGAGCUAGAGACCGCCAAGUCGAGUAUGGAGAAGAACGAGGAGGAGAAAUCAACCUCUUCUUCCAAACUCGACAAACUGUCGACCGAAAUCUCCUCGCUCAAGAAGAAGCAUCUCACUGCCAAGUCUUCUUCUGAAGCGGCAAAGAAGGAGAACGCUGAACUGCGAUCCAGGAUCUCCGACCUUACCGCACAGCUAGAGCAACUUCGAGGGGAAGGAAAGAAGCAGCGCGAGGGUUCAGAUUUGGAGGUCGAAACGCUGCGAUCAGAGUUAGAACUUGCAAAGGUCCGAGCGCAGGAGGCGGAAGCGGCGGCCGUCAAGUUGCGAGAGCAGCAUGAUGCGGAGCUGAAGCAGCUCAGGAAGAAAGGAGAGGAGAAGGCGAAGGUGGUUAACAAAGAAGUCUUCAGUAAGGAGCACGUGGAAGAAGUGAUUCAGAGUCAUGAGUUGGAGCUCAGUACGCUUCGAUCCCAGAUCCGCAAACUGGAAGCGAGCGUAUUCGAAGAGACGGAUAAAGCUCAUCGUGCGACACGUAAGGCUAUCGAAUUGGAGGAGAAGCUCAAGUCCCAGCCUGGCGCUACAGAGCCCAGCUCCUCUUUGAAGCCCAAAGGUGAUAGUGGUAGAAGUCAUCGCAGAAGCGCCACAUCCUCCCACGUCCCAUCUCUGUCCCCACUCGCCGAGAGGGAAGCCUAUGACUAUGCCACACCUUCCACACCUUCUUCCACUACCUCUUCCACCACCACACCUACAGCAAGGAGGGGCAUUCGAACAGUCACAGCGUCCGAACUCCCCUUACCUGCCGCACAACGUCACCGUCGUCGUGAAAGCUUACAAAUGCUUGCUGCUCGUAUCUCCGACAAUCCGCUCUCACCAUCUUCUUCUGCCCCACCCACCAGCACAUCAUCAACCGCAGUUGGCGGUGGCUUGCCGGGUAUGAAGUCAAUAAGAUUGGAAAGUAAAGGUCACACACCAUCAAACUCUGUCUCCCACACACCACUAGGACCGGAUAGCGACGGAAGUCUCAAACAAGCCGGAAGACGACAACAGUUCGCUAACGACGAAUUGCUCUAUUGCGCUUGUUGUCGUGACGACCUCAUCAUUGUCUAG